AGACCAACAAACGAAGAAAAACACACAAAUUCUUCAUCUUUUUGCUCUCUUUUGUUUUUUCAAUUUCGUAAUUUCGACGGUUUUGCGAGUCUAAGCAAAAAAACCCAAAGCUUCACUCCAACUCUCUCUCUCUCUCGCUCACCACCACUGAACAAACCGAUCUGAGAGAGAGAGAGAGAUGAAGAAGCUGAAGAGCUGUUAUCUGCAAGUCCGUCGUCACCAGCAACAAGCCUCAGACCGGAGAUGGAUCCUCCCAUUAGCAAUCGGAUCCAUCUGCUCUCUCUUCCUCCUCCUCCUAACAACCUUAGCUUCCUCCUCCAGCCAAGCUCGCUUGAUUCCGUUAUCAGUCUACGGCCUCAGAUCCUCCGUCUUCGUCGAGUCCAAGAUCAAUCCCUUAUCCGUCUCCGUCACACCUCCUCCGCCGCCUCCGCGCCUCGCGUACCUGAUCUCCGGCUCUUCGGGAGACGGCCAGAUGCUGAAACGGACGCUGAUGGCGCUCUACCACCCGAACAACCAGUACGUCGUCCACCUCGAUCGCGAGUCCUCGGCCGAGGAGCGGCUGGAUCUCAGCGCGUUCGUCGCGAACCAGACUCUCUUCGGGAGGUUCAGGAACGUGAGGAUGAUCGUGAAGGCGAACUUCGUCACCUACCGUGGGCCGACUAUGGUGGCGAACACGCUCCACGCGGCGGCGAUUUUGCUUAGGGAAGGUGGGGAUUGGGAUUGGUUCAUCAAUCUCAGCGCAUCUGAUUACCCUCUCGUCACGCAAGAUGAUCUGUUGCAUACGUUUUCGUAUCUGCCUAGGGAUCUCAACUUCAUCGAUCAUACGAGCAACAUUGGGUGGAAAGAGUCGCAUCGAGCAAAGCCGAUAAUUAUAGAUCCUGGUUUGUAUAUGUCAAAGAAAGCUGAUGUUUUCUGGGUUUCACAGAAGAGAAGCAUGCCUACUGCUUUUAAACUCUUUACAGGAUCCGCGUGGAUGAUGCUAUCUCGGCCUUUUGUGGACUAUUUCAUAUGGGGAUGGGACAAUUUACCUCGCAUUGUAUUAAUGUACUACGCGAACUUCCUCUCCUCACCAGAAGGCUACUUCCACACGGUGAUCUGCAACGCGAAAGAGUUCACCAACACGACAGUAAACAGCGACUUGCAUUUCAUCUCGUGGGACAAUCCUCCGAAGCAGCAUCCUCACCAUCUCACGCUCGAUGAUUUCGAUAGGAUGGUGGACAGUAACGCGCCUUUCGCUAGAAAGUUCCGUAGAGAUGAACCUGUUCUGGACAAGAUCGAUUCGGAGCUCUUGUCUCGGAGUCCAGGGAUGGUUACUCCGGGUGGUUGGUGUAUUGGGACGAGGGAGAACGGGAGCGACCCGUGUGCAGAGAUUGGUGAUACUUCGGUUGUAAAGCCUGGUUCUGGAGCUAAACGGGUUGAGAAACUCGUAACGUAUUUGUUAUCAAAUGAGAAUUUCAGACCACGGCAAUGCAGGUAAUAGAGAAACAUGUGAGUUUUUUUGGGCCUAUUGCUUUGAUGGCAUGAAAAUUCUACCGUGAGUUUGUGCUAAUGAUUAUGAUUAUGCGUUGAUGGCUGUAUAGGAGGAACUUUUGAAUUUUCUUACCUUAUUAAUUGCCGAAAAUACCGUGAAGAAUAAUUCGAUUAUUAAUUUUGUUUUCUCUUGUC